GCCGGGCGCACUUCCGGUCUUUGUGGCUGGCCCCUCGGGUCUGCAGCUUGGGCCCUGGCGGCUUCUAGGCUUCGCGGAACGAAGAAAUUACUCAAAGAAACUCUGAAGCACAGAACCCAGUUGUACUGAGCUUUUUUGCUAAGCUGUUUCAGCCAGAAUGGCUGAAGAUUCCAGUAUAAUUUCAACUCUGAUACCUCACGAUCAUCCAGAACAAGGAUUACUACUAGUGAAAAUAGAAGAUAGCUUUUCCUGGGGUCCAAAAUUUAAACAGAAUGGGGAUACCCAGUCCUGCCAAGAACUGUUUCGACAGCAGUUCAGAAAGUUUUGCUACCAUGAGACACCUGGGCCCCGGGAGGCCCUAUGCCGACUCCAGGAGCUGUGCUAUCAGUGGUUAAUGCCAGAGUUGCACACAAAGGAGCAGAUCCUAGAACUCCUGGUGCUGGAACAGUUCCUGAGCAUCCUGCCUGAGGAGCUGCAGAUCUGGGUUCAGCAGCAGAGUCCAAGAAGUGGUGAGGAAGCUGUGAACCUGUUGGAGGAUUUGGAGAGAGAGUUUGAUGAUCCAGGGCAGCAGGUCCCACCUAAUCCUCAGGGAUUUGCAGUGCCAUGGAAGGAUUUGACUUUUCUCAGAACCUCCCAAGAGUCAACAAACAUCCAAUUCCAGCCUUUGAAGACACAGUUGAAAUCUUGGAAACCUUGCCUUUCCCCUAGAAGUGAUUGUGAGAAAAGUCAGACAGCAGCAAAGGAGAACAUUUCAGGAGAAAAACCAGAGGAGCUUUCUCAGGAAUCUUCAUUCGGAGGAAUUGGUGAGCAUGAAAGCAACUUAGAGUGGCAGCAAAGAAGUGCUACCGGGGAGAAUUUAAGAAGAUCCCCUCCCCAUGGGAACAGUUUUAGGCAAGUGAUCGUCACACACAAAUCUUUAGGAAAGAGAGACCAUCUUGGUGACACUCAAAGAUGCCUGAUUUUAAGUACAAACUCUGCAACAAGUCAGAAAGUUGCUACAGAAGACAGACCUUAUAGAUGUGAUACAUGCGGCCACAGCUUCAAGCAGCAUUCUUCUCUUACACAACACCAGAGAAUCCAUACUGGAGAAAAGCCCUAUAAAUGUAACCAGUGUGGGAAAGCCUUCAGUUUAAGGUCGUAUCUUAUUAUUCAUCAAAGAAUCCACAGCGGUGAAAAAGCAUAUGAAUGUAGUGAAUGUGGAAAGGCAUUCAAUCAGAGCUCAGCCCUCAUUAGACAUCGGAAAAUUCAUACUGGUGAAAAAUCUUGCAAAUGUAAUGAGUGUGGCAAAGCAUUCAGUCAAAGUUCGUAUCUCAUUAUACAUCAAAGGAUUCACACUGGUGAGAAACCUUAUGAAUGUAAUGAGUGUGGAAAAACCUUCAGCCAGAGCUCAAAGCUUAUUAGACAUCAACGAAUUCAUACAGGAGAGCGACCCUAUGAAUGUAAUGAAUGUGGGAAGGCUUUCAGACAGAGCUCAGAGCUGAUUACCCAUCAGAGAAUACAUAGUGGAGAAAAGCCCUAUGAAUGUAAUGAAUGUGGAAAGGCCUUCAGUCUAAGCUCGAACCUCAUCAGACAUCAGAGAAUUCACAGUGGAGAGGAACCUUACCAGUGUGAUGAAUGUGGCAAAACCUUCAAAAGGAGGUCAGCCCUUGUUCAGCAUCAGAGAAUCCAUUCUGGGGAUGAAGCUUAUAUAUGUAAUGAAUGUGGAAAGGCUUUCAGGCACAAAUCAGUCCUUGUUCGCCAUCAGAGAGUCCACACUGUGAAGUCGUUGUCCAGACCUCCCAAAGCUUCAAAUACCUGUCCUGAAGCAGUUUUUCCAGGAAGCCUUCCUGGGGAUAUCAGAGCUGCUGAUGCUACACGUUCAAUAAUUUCUUGCUUUACUGCCAACACUUUGUCACCCACCAUCUUGUCAUCUAAAACUUUCUUUCUCCAGCUGCUCCAGGAGAGUCACAGCUUCCUCUCCAUUCUCUGGCCGGUGCCUGUGCACCCAGGCCUGCAGCUCCUCCGGCAGGAUGGCCAGGAACUGCUCCAACACCAGCAGCUCCAGGAUCUGCUCCUUGGUGUGCACCUCUGGCCUCAGCCACCCAUAGCAAAGCUCUUGGAGUUGUCUCAGAGCCUUCCGGGGUCCAGCAGAAUCAGAGUAACUAAACUGCCUGAACCUCUGGCGGAAGACCUCCUGACUCUGGAGGUUUCCCUGAAGGACAAAGUCCUGACCCCAAACAUAAUUCUCUUCUUCAACCUUCACAACUGCGGGGCCGGGGACGCUACAGGAGUCGAUGGAGCGAAGGGCCGGUGGGGGAGCGCUGAAAGGAAGGUCGGGCGGACCAGCGGCCGACAGGUACCCUGGUGCCAGGCCAGGCGCACCGCUGGUACAGCCACAGGCUUCACCCGUGGUGGAAGCGGGCGAGGGCGGCCGAAUCGGAAGGUUUAUGAAGGAUCUGGAACAGCGAUGCCCCAACCGCCCACUCACCCUUCCCUGGGAUACGAGCCCAGACCCUACAGAACUAGCAGGGAGGCCUUCCGCUGCGCGCACCGGAAGUGGGGUGGACGCGCCCCUCUAGGAAAACCGGAAGACUGCAGCUCUGUGGCCGGCGCGAGGGGUCCUGCAAAGAGGAGGAAGCUUUCCCGAAAGAUAAUGGAGUCCGGCAUUCACCUCAAGAACCGGCAGACAAGGCAUCAAGGAAUGUGUCGCUGGCCAAGCGAGUCCCUAGCUAGGGCUCUGCUGGAUGUGGUAACUGCCCUGUGGGUGUUCACAGGUGUCCAGUUUCGACCUAUGGAGAACCAGUUCAAUUAUGAAUCUCAAGAACAUCACUUUCUGUCAGGGAUUAAACCCAGGUCUGCACAUGAUGGAGAACCAGUGUCAGAAGAAGAAAUUACAGCAAAAAUUGAAUCAUUGACUGAAGAAUUUGGUAACUCCAGUGAGGAUGUUCUCCAGGAUUCUGAAGGCAGAGAAUUCUAUAAAUUUGGAGAUAAAUCAAACGAAAAGGAUCAGAACUUCUCUAAAAAAAGACAACAUAACUGCAGUGAAUGUGACCAAAGCUUUGCUUGUAGUACAGGCCUUAUUCAGCACCAAAGAACCCACCAGGAGAAACCCUAUGAAUGUGAUAAAUGUGGAAAGGCCUUUAGAAUGAGCUCAGCCCUGGUUCUGCAUCAGAGAAUUCAUACUGGGGAGAAACCCUAUCCUUGUAAUUGGUGUGUUAAAAGUUUCAGUCGGAGCUCAGACCUCAUUAAGCAUCAAAGAGUCCACACUGGUGAAAAACCUUACAAGUGCGAUGAAUGUGGGAAAGCCUUCAGUCAGAGCUCAGAUCUUAUUAUACACCAGAGGAUCCAUACAGGAGAAAAACCCUAUCAAUGCAGUCACUGUAGUAAAAGUUUUAGCCAGCGCUCAGACCUGGUUAAGCAUCAGAGAAUCCACACUGGAGAGAAGCCUUAUACAUGUAACCAGUGUAACAAGCAUUUUAGUCAGAGUUCUGAUGUUAUAAAACAUCAAAGAAUUCACACUGGGGAGAAGCCAUAUAAGUGUGAUGUGUGUGGGAAAGCCUUUAGUCAGAGCUCGGAUCUUAUUCUACAUCAGAGAAUCCACACUGGAGAGAAGCCCUAUCCAUGUAAUCAGUGUAGCAAAAGUUUUAGUCAGAAUUCAGACCUUAUUAAACAUCGAAGGAUUCAUACAGGAGAGAAGCCUUAUAAAUGUAAUGAAUGUGGAAAGGCUUUUAAUCAGAGCUCUGUUCUUAUUCUGCACCAGAGAAUUCACACUGGAGAGAAACCUUACCCAUGUAACCAAUGUAGCAAAACCUUUAGUAGGCUUUCAGAUCUUAUUAAUCACCAACGAAUUCACACUGGAGAGAAGCCUUACCCUUGCAAUCAGUGCAAUAAAAUGUUUAGUCGAAGGUCUGAUCUUGUGAAACAUCAUAGGAUUCAUACAGGUGAAAAACCCUAUGAGUGUGAGGAAUGUGGGAAAACCUUUAGUCAGAGCUCCAACCUUAUCCUACAUCAACGAAUCCACACUGGAGAAAAACCUUACCCAUGUACUGAUUGUGCUAAAAGUUUUAGUCGGCGUUCAGAUCUCGUAAAGCAUCAAAGGACACACACUGGAGAGAAACCAUAUGUGUGUGAUCUGUGCAAUAAAAGUUUCAGUCAAAGCUCAGACCUCACUAAACAUCAGAGAGUGCACUCUGGUGAAAAGCCUUAUCAUUGUGAUAGUUGUGAAAAAGCCUUCAGUCAGAGCUCUGACCUUAUUCUGCAUCAGAGAAUUCACACCGGGGAAAAACCAUACCCAUGCACACAGUGCAACAGAAGUUUCAGCCAGAACUCAGACCUUACCAAACACCAGAGAAUCCACACUGGGGAAAAGCCGUAUAAAUGUAAUGAGUGUGGGAAGGCUUUUAGUCAGUGCUCAGCUCUUAUCUUGCAUCAGAGAAUCCACACUGGGGAGAAACCCUAUUCAUGUGAUCAGUGUGGCAAAAACUUUAGUCGGCGCUCUGAUCUCACUAAUCAUCAAAGAAUCCAUACUGGUGAAAAGCCAUAUAAAUGUGAUGUAUGUGGGAAAACCUUCAGCACGGACACAGGUUUUACUGUACACCAGAGAAUCCACACAAGGGAGAAGUCCUACCAGUGUGUUCAGUGCAGCAAAAGUUUCAGCCAACUCUCUGAUAUUAUUCAUCAUGAGAAACUCCAUUCUAGGGAAGACAGUUUAAAUAGGAUUAAUGUGGAAAAAGCUUUAGCAUAUACACCAACUUUAAUCAGUACCAGAGAUACCAUGUCAGAACAACCAUCCUAUGAAUGCUAUUGAUGGACAUAAACAGUUUUAAUCAAUGUUCCUUUAUGCUACAUUAUUUUAAAAAGCUACUAGAAAGUUUAAUUCUUAUAGUGAAAACUUAGCUCAGAUCUCAGACAUUACUAAAAUUAAAAUUUCUAAGGAGGAGUUCUGGGAGUUGUGUGAAGACCAAUGUGAACAAAAUUUUUACAGAAUGUCAGUAAUCGACAAUAAAGAAAUUCCUAUGUGUUACAAUUUAAGGAAAGCUCUAGUCUUUUAUUCAUAUGUAAUUCACAAGAGUCAUACCUUUGCAAGAAAUGUUUAAUAGCACAGAAUUUAUGUAUUUUAAAAAUCAGUGUGGAGAGGUGUGCAAUCAAAACUUGGAAAUGAAUUAGUUUUAGAAUCUCAAACCUUUAGUGAAUCCACAUUUUCUAUCUGUAUAUUAGAAGUUAUUUUAGAGAAUAUUGGGAAAACAAACCAUCUCCAUGUUUUAAUCAGUAUUUACACUGAACAUGUAUCCCCUGACAACUAGAGUCCUGUCUUAGAAUGUUGCUAGAUAUCUGUCUAUAAAUUUCUUAUGUGUAAACGUGCUAUGCCAUUCUGGUAUUAAACUUACUAGGUAACUCCA